AUGGAGAGACCCCGCUACUUCACCCCCGCCGAGGUGGCCGCCCACGUCUACCUGGGCGACCUGUGGGUCUCGUUCCUGGGGAAGGUGGUCGACCUGAGCGCCCUGACGGGCCGGCCUGAAGGUGACGCGCUGCUGCUGCCCAUCCUGGACGCUGCAGGGACGGACAUCAGCCACUGGUUCGACCCCACGACCAGAGAUGUCCGCAGGUACGUGGACCCCCUGACCAGCUGCGAGGGCUACUACACCCCCCAGGGGCGGUUCCUCAACGUCCCCCCCCCAGGGCCUCGGUCUGACUGGGACACCCCCCUGGACCCCCCCUGGUGGAGGGACCCGGCCCUGCAGGUGGGGCUGCUGACGGCCAAGAGCCGCUGGAUCGAGCUGGUCAACACGCUGACGCUGCAGAGGACACGCCUGCAGGUGUGCUCGGAGGACACCCUGGACCAGAUCCUGCUGCGGUACCAGCGCUACAACAGCAACGCCUACGGCUACACCUGGAGGUACAGGGAGGCCGUCCUGGACAUGAGCAAGACCCUGAGUGACAACGGCGUUGCCGACGACGACGAGGAGCUGGACCAGCUGAGGAUGGACCGGUACAUCCCCGCGAUCCUGCUGCACUUCAACGAGGACUUCAACGAUGACCUCACCGAGGGAUGA